AUGGCAAAUCCAGCACCGACACGCAACAAUCGGCAACAAUGCUGGGACUCUCGUGAUCUUUAUUAUGAAUGCCUCACAAAGCACUCUAUAUUAGCGCCUCCUGGCACGGAUAUGACAGGGAUCAAGGGCCCACUUGGCUCUGGUUCUUUCGCUGAUCCGCCAGGGUCACCAGAAGAGCGAUUGAGACGCAGUGAGGAAGAGCUUAAAACGGAUCCAUGUAUCCAGUUGCGCCGUCAAUAUGAACAGAAGUGUGCUCCAAGCUGGAUUGAGUACUUUAACAAGCGGCGCGUACUGGAAGAGCGCCAGAAGUUGUUUUAUGCACAGGCUGAAGCCAGAGCAGCUAGGCGAUAA